AUCGGAGUACGAACGCCUUUUUGUUGCAGUAAAGGUGAGCUACAAUGUCCAACGCGUUGAGAACGAAAUACCUGCCUGACGAUCCGGGGCGUAUACCGAGCAUCGCUACGCGUACAAGGAAAAAGCCAUCCACGACGACAACCGAACGGAUCAAGUUACAUCGGCACACAAAAUGGGAAGAUGCAUUGUCGCUCGAAUAUGCAGACCCGUCAACCAUUGAAUAUAGCUAUCGUACCGGUAGCGUUAAGGAAUCGUCCAAUCCGACCGCAGAAAUAAAUGGGAAUAGUGUUAAUUUGACCAGCAAUCUAGGUCUUCCGUGUCAGCCAGACUGUUCUUCAACAACGAACGAAUCGAUUGACGUUCCAAACUUCGUUCGGGACAAACCGGAAUCAUACUGCCGAUUUUGUUGUUCGACCGGCAAUUUGUUGUCAAUUUUCCCUACCGGUGAAGUUCCUAACGAAAGACUGUUAAAUUUACUACGUAAACUAGUGGACAUAGAUUUAACAGUAGAAUUGGAUUUUCCUUCGGCAAUUUGCAAAGUAUGCGUUUCAAAAUUGGAAAAUUUCGAUGUGUUCAGGCUAAAAUGCCGUGCCUACAAUGACGAAAUAAGAAAAAGACGAGUUCAACCGUCAAUCGAUGUUCGUAAUAGGAAUUUUUCUAACACUGAAGAUCAGAUUGAACUUCCGGUGAUAGUGAAAGAAGAAUUAAUGAUUGAAGAUGACUUUUACGAAGACUCCAGCAAUAACAAUGCUUUGUUAAAACCCACGGUAAUAGAGAAAAAAGCUACGGCACAACUUAAACUAAAUAGUGUCGAAAUUGACAUGAAUGUUUACUCAGGGGAGAAUGUUGCACCUUCAGCAGCUAUAAGCGAAGAACUGAAUGUUGAUUCAAGAGUUACGUCGAAGAAGUUAGCAGUUAAGGAGGAAACCCCAAAUAAUCCAAUUUCCAGCGAACAGUCUCCUUGGGAUAAGAGUGAUUUGACUCCUUUGUUGAAAAAGCCAGCAGUUGCCGCAACCCCUAGCUCUGCAUUCACUUAAACAAUGGCACUCACAGAUUCUUAUAAACAUACAUAUGCAGGGUGGCCACAGACUCGGGAAAUGCGGGAAAAAGUCCGGAAUUGGAACCUGUCGGGAAAAAUGCGGGAAAAAGUUUUGGAAUUUGGUGAAAAUUACUAUAAAUCGGGAAUUCAUGAAUUUACGUAAAGAUGUUCAAGUUGAAUUCCUUGAUAGAAUCUGGGAGACAUGUCGACACCCCUGCAAUUCUGAGACAUAUGAAACUUUAGACCUCGAACGAAAUCUUCGUACCAGGAAUUUCCUCCACCUGCAAAGACGAACUGAAAACCGUCUAUAGCUGUGAGCGUAUGGCACUCUCUGUAUCAGUUUUUUCGAAAUUGUGGUGUGUGAAGGGUACAGCCUUCCAGUUGGUUUCAAGGUACAAGGUACGUUGCUGGACUUGAUCCCGUUGUUCUGCCGAACCACAAGCCAACGGACAUGUACGCAUCAGAAAUUAAGUCAUCAGAAACAAGAUAAAAACGGGGAAUAUUACAAUAAUUCAAAAUAUUGGACGCAGUGGUUCAGUUCCGCAACAGAAGAGAGCUCCAAUUAUUGCUAACCGUCUCCUUCCAUGUCGUGUUCAUGUCCGUUGGCUUGUGGUUCGGCAGAACAAAGGUAUCAAGUGUGGUUGGUGGACGGUUAUCUGCCAUCUGCCAUCUGUCGCAAGGUGGGGUUCCAAUAAUAAUCCAAAUACAGUUAACAAGACCAUGCCGUCAGUAGCUUCUAGAUAUGCUUCCUCUGCUCUCCUGUUGAGUGUCUUCCUGCCGAUUUCGUUCGCUCCUCUUCUCAAAAUAUAUCAGAUGCUUCUCCACUUACGCUUCCGAAUCUCUGUUUCUAUAUGGCGAUAUUGACGGAUAGAGUUCCUAAUUAGAAAUCCAAGUGUGAGGCCAACAACCCUGAAUGAUGCAGAACGAAGACCUGCAGUUGUCUCUAUCGACAAGGACUACGUCUUGCAGGCAAUCGAACGAAUUUCACGUUUAAAUUGAACAUUCGUGUUUGGAUCAGUACAGUAAUCUGAUUCGUGUGUUGAGCCCGAAUUCCAAAGUCCCAAAUCCCUGGCCAUCCUGAUACAUGUGUCUAACUUUGAAAUUAGAUGGACUAAUGAUGUUUAAUCUCACUAAUUUGGUCGUCGCGACGUUGAAUUUGAGACCUACUAUCUUGGAGUUGUCAUCAAGGUUGUUCUGCAUAUCAUAUUGUCCUCAGCAGAGCAAGAGAAUGUCGUCGGCCAAAGUCAAAAGCAAAGCAAAAGCAAAAUCUUGGGCUAAAACCGUCUUUAGAUAUUACCCUUCUUUAUCGACAGACUUCGCAGCCGGUUGUACAGGAAAACUACGGGCCCAGUGUAACAAUCCUGCUGACUCUAUAGAUUCGAACAUACGAUGACUGGCUUGUUAGACCAGCAUCGUACCUCGAAGCUAAUUGGGCGGCUAAGUCAAACGACUCCAGGGUAAUCCUCGGUCUAGUUCACUGUCAAUGGUUCUAAUUAAAAUCUCGUCCAUCAAAACUAGGAACAAUUGCGGUGGCAGUACAUAGGUAGCCUUAUGUCACUGCUGCAGUAACAUAUAUAGGGUCCGGCAGGAGGCCAUCAUGAAUCAAUUUUCACUAAAACAAUGAGAUAGACUACUUUAUCAGAAACUCAUCUACGCCUUAGUGCGCCUCAGAUGUUUUCUUGUUUCGGUCGAAUACUUUCUCGAAAUCAACAAGUAAAAACAGGUCGGAAUUUCGAUGACUUGCUCCAACAUAAUACGGAGAGUCGUGUUAUGAUCCACACAUCGAUUGGCAGGGAAUCUAGUUUGCUAUUGCCAGAGAGCAGUGUCGAUUUUCUCCCGGAUCCGGUUGAGGAUUACCUUACAGAGUAAUUUGAGAGUAACGCAAAGCAACACGAUGCCACGCCAGUUACCGCAUUCAGUUAGGUCUCCUUUUUCUAGGGACUUUGAUCAAUAUGCCCUGCAUCCAGUCCAUCGGAAAAGUUGCAGCUCCCUUAUUGCUAAUAUAUUGCUAAAAAGCUGAUGCAUCAUCUGGGCUGACAAAGAUGGGCUUGCCCCUAGUGGAAGGCUGCAAAAAGUAACGUCGUCAUUCAUCAGCUAGAUAGUUGACCCUGGCUCUCUAGUCCUGCUUACAAGACUUCUUAAUAGCCAUCCUGAGCUCAGCGUAUCGUUGAUGCGCUGCUGUCUGCUGUUUCGCUGAUCCUUGUUUCGCUAGGCUGUCAGCAAGCUCAUUACUCUCGUUUUCGCAGUGUCCGGGGUCCAGGCACCCUGAAUAAUGAACCUGUGUUUUGGCGGGAAAGUUCCUUUAGUUGUGCUGCACUCUUAAACUAAUUAGGAUGCACACUUAGUGGACUUGAGAGUCAGUCGUGCCAAGGCUGUCCAUAAAGAUACCUGCUUUUUGGCUUCCACUUCUGUUUCGUGACAGAAUCGACAAGUGCACUUCGUAGACUCGUAGUAGAGUGAUAGUUUUGAUCCUUGAGCUUUGUUCUGUAAUAUUCACAGCAUAUAUUACCUUUAUUUUAUAACGGAAAAAUAAAGGAAGUUUCUGUCGGGAAAAACUAGAAUCCGAUCGGGAAAAAGUCGGGAAUUUUUUCCAAGAAGUUCUGUGGCCACCCUGCAUAUGCCAGAAAUGCAGUUUAUAUUAGUCUUUGAUUAGUGAUCGGAUAUAGUCCUACGUCGCCCUUUCGUACAACCCUUAGGGCUGUAUACCUUGUAGUUUUUCUUUUGUAUAGGAGCCCCCUCCUAAAGUGGAGAGGGGUCCUAAUUCACCAUAGAAAAAAUUCUUGCCUCCAAAAACCUUCACAUGAUUUGUAUUUCAUUUGUAUGGAAGCCCCCCCUCUUAGUGGGGGCAGGGGUCUCUAACCAUCAUAAGAACCUUCCCUGGUCCCAAAAACCCCUACAUGCAAAUUUUCACGCCGAUCGGUUUAGUAGUUUUCGCUUCUAUAAGAAACAUACGG